AUGGCCGCGGGGCGGGGAGCGGGCGCGAGCGCAGGGCGGCGGGCAGGAGGCGGCGGCGGCGGAGACCGGUGGGCGGCCCCGCCGCGGGCGCGCGCCCGCUCCGUCACCCGACGCGACCCUGGCCCCGGAGCGGCCGGGCCGCGGCUGCCAGCUGCGCCCGCUCCCGGCGGGAGCUGUAGGGAGGCUGUUCCCGGUGGGGAGCCGGCAUCCGCCGCGGCUGCCGCCCGAGCGUGGAGCCCGGGCCCCCGCAAUCCUGCGGCGCGGCUGCUCCUUCCGGGGCAGCUCGUGUCGGGGUCCUCGCGGAUUCUCGCCUUUGCUGAGGCAGGAAUUUCUCUGAAGACGAAUGCAUGUCUUCCAGAUAAUUCUGCAAAAUUAACAUACGAAAUUUACUGGAGUUUGUUUCUCAGAAUAGCAGCUUCUUGGUCUGGGAGCAUAUCAGUCAUCAAUCAAGACUGCCUGCACUGCCGUCAAGAUGUCUCCAGCCUGAUCUUCACACUGUCAAAAUCCAGAAGAAAAAAGAAAACUAAAAUUGUCUCAGCAUCACCGCAGAUGUUGAGGCAUUCAAGCCCAAGCACACCUCCUGUCACGUGCUGUCCGGUUUCCUGGAUGGUCCUCUUCAUCCUCAGCGGUAAGCCAUCCACUUCCUGGAGCAGGUUCAUCUACUUCCUCGUCUCCAUCGUCCUCCGAGAACUGGAGAUUAGGUUCUCGAAAGCUGCCCUGCUAGGUCACACAGACACUCCCACCUUUGCAUCCCCAGGGCCUGGAGCAGCAUCGAGCCCUGCGGCAGCUCAUGAAUGCACACUGAACAGGUAGAGAAUUGAGACCUAUUCCUGGCAUGGAGGAGAUCCUCAAUAAAUAAUCACUGAAUGCUUGAAUGAAGAUAAUGACCCAAACUCAGUCCCGCUGAUUUCAACUCUUGUCUUCUGUGUGCAUUACACAAGACCACUGGAUUCUGAGUUGCUGUGUAGACUGAUGCAGAGGAAGUCCACAGAGCUGGUACUCCCUUACACUGGCACUUGUGAGCAGGAAAGGAGAGGAACCUGGGAUUCCUGAGAUCCCACUGGGACCUGGUGUCUUCUCAGGUUCCUUAUGUAGGAUUUCCUUGUCAGGUGUUUGGCACCUCUGCCCAGGGUGCAUUUUCCCUUUUCACCGAUGAAGGAAUUAGACUCAGAUCAGCAAGGUGACUUUCCUGAGACAUCCAGCUCACAGGCAUGGAGCUGGGCUGCAGGCCCGGAGCCAACUUCCACCUUGCACGCGUAGCUGCCCCCUGGUGGGGUGACCUGAGACCAGAUGAACACCUGCCUGGACUCCCAGAUGCACGUGUCCCAGUCCUGUGGCUGGGUUCCAGCUGUUUGGAGCAAGUCCAGUCACUGACCUUUAAGGCACAGAGAACCCUGCUCUUUGACAUUCAGAUCAGUUUACAGUCAGCAUGUGAUUCAAAUGAAUAAACAUUUGGGGAGUCACAG